AAAAGUGCUAAGACUAGUAUUUAUCUGAAUCAAAAUUGCAUCUUCCUCCACUCUUGUUCAUCUGUUCUUCAGUUCUUGUGUGGUUUGUGUUAUGUACCAGUGUGUGGGUGUAUUUGGAUAUGAUGAUUAAGUCAGUCUUCAGAUCUUGUUCUUCUUCUCCACUCCUUAUCGAAGCUAAGGAAAUCCCAUGGAAGAUAACGUCAUCAAUACCUCCUUCUUCACCAAUAACUACAACAACUAGAUUUUCUGCGAAGGCAAUAACUUGUUCUUCCUCUGCAAACGGCUCCCACAUACCAAAGCUUGAACCUUUUAGCCGAACUAAGCUCGAGCGAGUCCUUAAGGAGCCUCCAUUGAUUGAAAAGUGCGAGAAUGAUCUCUCAGAUUAUUGUUCAACACUUGAGGGAGAUGAUUCCUACAGCUGCUGGAGAGCAUACUUCGAACUCAAAGAUCUCGAAAAGGAGGCACCAAAAGAAGAUGUGGAGAGGCUAAUUCUUCAAACUGCUGGCCUCAAGUCCUUAAUCGGAUGCUUACACGGAAUUUCAUCGAUGCAGAAAGGAAAAGCGAAUGGGUUCGGCCUGGCAAAGACACUAAUUGCUGAUAAAGCAAAGGAGAGACACUGUCCUAUACCGGACGGACUGCCAAAAACACUUGAAGAGCUUGCAGAAGAAGAGAGUGCUCGAAUGCCGGACUCACCUUACACCAGAUUGCUUAGAAGUAAAGGAACCUUCCCCGCUUGGUAUACCUCCGCACCUGACCAUGAAACUGAUUGAAGGGGAUUUACCUGUGGUGGGUAAAUGGCUGGAUACUAAAUAAGUUUGUGUGAAAUGAGUUUUGCUGUUUUGUGUAGAUAAUAUUAGCAGUCUAUCAGAUGUGCAAAAUAUUUUGAUCUGAUUGUUUUGAACAACUUUUCUUAUAGUGAAUUAGUGUCUAUACACUAGAAAGUUUGUAUCCAACAUUGUGGUAUACUGCUGCUGCUAAAUUCUAUAAAUAAAUUGACUGGUUUGUUCAUGCUCA